UCUAAGCUCUCUUCUCACUUUUCCAACAAUCCCUCCAUAUAUGGGCUCAUGCUGAGAUCAUAUGGCCAAUAUGGUUCCUCUUGAUUCCUCACCCCUUAUAGGCGUUUUCAGCUACGGCGGUUGCAGCGGUGGCCGAGGCGGUUUCACGGAGGCAGAGAUGAUCAGAGAAGCAACAAUAAACAAUCAAGAUUCUAGUGGAGAAACAUGCUCCGUCUCCGAUCCAAUAGCAUACAUCUCCUCCCCUCAGGGCAACAAAGACAAUGGAUCCGCAUCAAAGAACGACGUUGUUUCUUGUAUUAACAUAGAAGAUAACAAAGAUAAAUCUUGGCUCCGCUUAGGUAUAGGCCCUGAGGAGAACACCAACAACACGGCGUCGUAUAAGCUCCAACGUUGUUGUAGCAAAAACGCACGUGGGAGAGAAAACUCGUUAGAGCUCAGUUUGUUCUCCUCAACCUCAACCGCGGCAGGAGCGUUUAGUAGUAGUGUAGAAGACCACCCGCAGUCGCAGCAACCGCAGCAGCCUCCAUAUUGUCAUGAUCAAUUGCUAACGAUGCCCGGAGCGUCGUUGGUUUACAAUCAUCAAUUAACUCGGCCACAAACGUUGAUCAACGCCGCGUUUUCGUUUCCAUCUUCAACGCCAUGGAUACCUCAAUAUACGGCGCCAUGUAGACCAUCAUCAUUAGGAAUGAUGAGUGAGCGUAACGUUAUUAACAAUAACAAUGUUACAAGGAGUUGUUGUAUGGAAGAGGGAGGAGCUGGACCAAGCUCGGAGUUUAGGGUUCUUGAUCCUCCAAGAAGACCACAUUCUGGUCUUUGGUUUCUUCUUCAAGCUUCACACUUUCAGGAAAAGGAACCGUUUUUGCCUCAAGUUAAUAAACGCUACUUGAGAAUCAAAGACGGGAAAAUCACAGUUAGAUUGCUAAUUAAGUACCUUAUGAUGAAGCUUCAACUGGAUAGUGAAUCUGAGAUAGAGAUAAGAUGCAGAGGACAACAAUUAUCGCCGUUGUUGACGAUGCAGCAUGUAAGAGAUACAAUAUGGAGUCCAAAAUCAUCAUCCUCUCCGUCAUUCACCUCGCUUCGGGAUUCAUCAACUAGUGAUCAUGUCAUGGUUUUGCAUUAUGGAAAUUCUAAGGUUUCUAUCGAUUCACUGAUCCAACAAUCAAUCUGCGCAGUAGCGAAUCUAGAGUUUGGGAGCAAUUUAUUCAUCUUCUUCCUACUGAUCCAAUCUAGAAAUCAAUCUGUGGAGGUUCAACUAUAAUAAGUCUGGCAUAGGCUGAAGAAGCUACACACGAGUAAAGGAUGAGGAAUGCUAGGCAGAUGAGUGGAAGUUGAAAGAAGAAGAAAAAGCUCAACAAGCCUAAAAAGAAGAUACAGCUGCCUUAGAGUUUGAAUAACCAAACACUUUUCCACCCUUCUCAUUCUAACCGUCAUUCUACCAACAGAAACAAACUUCACGGUGACGGAUAGAUACAGUACAAGUAUUAUGGACAUCAACAGCAGUUUGCAGAGGUACGGUGUCUUAGUACAUCUUCAUCAUAAAGAAGGUAUGCAGUUUCAGAUGGGAGAGAUCGGGAGAGGUCAUUUUGGUUGCACUUGCUCUGCUAGCCUAAGUUCAAGAAUGAGAGCUCAAGGGUCAGGAGGUUGCUGUUAAAGUCACCCCAAAACCAAAGGUUUGUUUUGCUGGCGAGUGAUGGUUGUAUAACAUGAUAAUAGCUAUUUCUGAGUCCAAGGAAGAAGAAGCCAGAAGAUAAAUAGCGGUGCUACCGAAGCAGCCGCAGAAAGCAACUCAAAGGCUGAUGAAGAAAAAUUAUUCACUGUCACAGGGAAGAAAAAUCAUUCACUGGAGAGCUUCGAAAGUCUCAAGAAGAAGCAGAGCAAGCAAAGGCUGGGACAAGUACAAUGGAGACCAUUUUAUUUGCAACUUGGGAAUAAACUAAGGCUGCUAAGGGUUCAGAGAGGUUGAGAUUAGCCGCCGUCUGCUUAGCUAGCGUGCUCAUGAUGCUGAAGAAGAAGCCAAUACAAUGGUUGCAACCGUUGUUCUAAGACCGAGGAAGCUAGAGAAAUAGACAAGGUAACUUGGAGAGGAAGAAGCAAAAAACACUUGCAGAAGAAAUUGAGAAGGCUAAAGAAGAAGAGUUAGGCGUAGAACAAGAGUUGAGAAAAUGGAAAGAAGAAUUUAUGGAAGAAGAAUAGAAGAGUCAAAGGCGAAGAAAUUGAGUCUAAUGGAACUGAACAAACCCAAUCUCACAAGGAAAUCCUAGAAAAUGGUCACAUAAGUGAGUCUGAUGUGAAGAAGUUGAUUAUGUAUGAUCUGUUUUAUAAAUGUAUAAGUCUACGUUAUAAUAGAAGAGUUAAGUCAUCUCGGUUUCUGAAUUUUAGUUACCACCUGUAACUUACUUUAUUAAUAACAUUUUAUUUCAACGGCUGAUGUAUUAGAACCGA